GGAAACCACACCACAUCGAUGGGUUUAUUCCUGCUCAGCUUUUCUGAUGUUCCUGACCUCCAAGGAUUUCUUUUUGGAGUGUUUUUGAUCAUGUAUGUGAUUAUUCUGAUGGGAAAUAGCCUCAUUAUUAUAAUGAUCAAGGUUGAUCCUUCCCUUCAGAACCCCAUGUAUUUUUUCCUUGGGAACUUUUCUUCUUUGGAAAUAUGUUACGUGUCAGUCACUGUCCCCAGAUUGUUAGUAGAUCUUGUUAGACAAAGUAGAAAUAUUUCCUUUCUGGGCUGUGCUACUCAAAUGUAUUUCUUUCUGGUCUUGGGAGUCACUGAGUGCUUUCUUCUGACUGUAAUGGCAUAUGACAGGUAUGUUGCCAUUUGCAAUCCAUUACUCUACCCUCUCAUCAUGAACAAUAGGCUGUGUAUCCAACUGGCAGCCGGCUGUUGGAUGACUGGAGUUCCAGUGCACAUAGGGUUCACCUACCAGAUCUUCUCUCUACCCUUCUGUGGAUCUCACCAGUUGAAUCAUUUUUUCUGUGACGUACCUCCAGUACUUAAGCUUGCCUGUGGGGACACUUUUAUGACAGAGGUGUUGACUUAUGUGCUUACUGUUCUAUUUAUUACUAUUCCUUUUAUGUUGAUACUUGCAUCUUAUGUGAAAAUAAUCUCCACCAUCCUGAAGCUGCCAUCAGUAGCUGGGCAAGCCAAGGCAUUCUCCACUUGCUCGUCCCAUCUCAUGGUUGUGGCUUUAUUCUUUGGAUCAGGUAUCAUUUCAUAUUUGAGACCAAAGUCCAGUCAUUCAACAGGGAUGGACAAAUUUCUUUCCCUUUUUUACACAGUUGUGACACCGAUGUUUAACCCCAUGAUCUAUUGUUUGAGAAACAAAGAUUUUAUGGUUGCAUUGAGAAAAUUCCUGUUGAAAUGGAUUGUUUUAUGA